CAAACUGGGGCUUAGAGCGGUGGUGAAUGACUUCCUUUGUGCCACAGAAGCAUCAGAGGUAGAAUUCAAACGAACUAUGAAAAAAGACUUAUCUUCAUAAUACUCCAGUAUUCCAUUGGAACUGUGAUCUCAUCGAUGUGGGUAUUCCCUCCAACAAUGCAGAUUGCAGCCUAUUCCUGCCUGCCCAUCCUGUGCAACUCUUGUUCAUGUCUUCCCACCUUGAAACCGUGUGAGGGCGGUCAGCACAGCCGGCAAUGACAAGUCUGAAUAGUAGCCAUGCCGAGAAAACUAAUGAUAUGCCAAAACCAUCAACCCCCAAAGUGCAGGUCCAAAGGUCACUUUCACGAGAUACCAUCACCAUUCACUUCUCAGCAUCUGGGAAGGAAGAGAAAGAGGAGGAGGAGGAGUUCAGGGAGCCUCCUGAAGAAUUAGAUGACCAAAGCAUUGUAACUGCUCUUGAAGCCAAGGAAGACCUGUUCUUUGAACGUGGGCACCAUGACUUUGCUGGCCCUGCUACCUCACCUGUCAUGGCAGUUGUACAGUCUGUGUCCUCCCCUCCUCCUGUUUUGCCCGUUGCUGAGAAUGCUGUAAAAUCAUUGGAAUCCUCUCUGUCCCCAGCCUCUUCUCCAUCAGGUCCCAUAGUGAGCUCACCUAGUGUGUCAUCGCUAUCAGAGCAGAAAACCAGUUCCUCCUCUCCAUUGUCCUCCCCUUCCAAGUCUCCUGUCCUGUCAUCCAGUGCCUCUUCUUCCACCCUUUCUAGUGCAAAACCCUUCAUGAGCCUUGUCAAGUCCCUCUCAACAGAGGUGGAGCCAAAAGAAUCCCCACAGCCCCCCAGGCACCGGCACUUGAUGAAAACUUUAGUCAAGUCUUUGUCUACAGAUACUUCCAAGCAGGAGCUGGACACUCUAUCCUAUAAGCCACCUGACUCCAAACUGAAUCUGCACCUCUUCAAGCAGUUUACUCAGCCACGAAAUACCAACACAGGGGGAGAUUCCAAGACGGCUCCUUCUUCCCCCUUGACUUCUCCCUCGGAUACACGAUCCUUUUUUAAAGUGCCCGAAAUGGAAGCUAAAAUCGAAGAUACUAAACGGCGCCUUUCUGAAGUCAUCUAUGAGCCUUUUCAGCUCCUUAGCAAAAUUAUGGGGGAGGAAAGUAGUAGCCACAGGCCCAAAGCCUUAUCUUCAAGUGCUUCAGAGCUCUCCAAUCUUUCCAGCUUGAAUGGCCACUUGGAAAGCAAUAACAACUACAGCAUCAAAGAAGAAGAAUGCGACUGGGAGGGUGAUUGUGAAGGCAGUGACUCUAAUGUCAGUAAGAGUGAAUACCCCAAGCAGCCCUCUGAAGAGUUGGUAAAGGAGGCAGAACUUCAGGGUUCUCAAGUCAGCAGCAUCAAGGAUGCAAGUGCAAAGACUGCCUCUUCAGUACUUGAAAAAUGUUCUUUGUCUGCCUUAGUGAGCAAAGAAGAUGAAGAGUUUUGUGAGCUGUACUCUGAGGACUUUGACCUGGAAGCUGAAGAAGAAAAUAAAAUUGAUAAGCCCCUAGACAUUUCUCUCAAGCCUGGGAUGCUUGAGGAAAAUAAUACCAUACUUGACAGUGAACAUGAAAUGAAUUUGUACAUGCAGCAGCCUAAACUACCAAUGAAGACACUAUACUUCCUUAUUUUGUUAGUCUAUGCGUACCUUAUACUCCCUCUCCCCAAUUAUGUGAGUGGACUCUGCUUGGGAUUUGGCCUUGGAUUUAUGAUUGCAGUCUGUGUGAUUUGGUUUUUUACACCACCAAGUGCUCAUAAAUAUCACAGGCUACAUUCAAGCCUAAAACACUGGAAUACAGAAUCUCUGGAUAUCAAAGAACCGGAAAUUCUGAAGGGAUGGAUGAAUGAGAUCAACAGCUAUGACCCAGAGACGUACCAUGCAACUUUGACACAUUCAGUCUUUGUUCGACUUGAAGGGGAAACCUUGAGGCUUUCAAAGCCCAAUAAAAAUAUAUCUAGAAGGGCCAGCUACAAUGAGAGCAAACCUGAAGUUACCUAUGUCAGCCAGAAAAUCUACAAUCUUUCAGAUAGCAAGAUUUAUCUUGUUCCCAAGAGUUUGGCUCGAAAACGGAUUUGGAAUAAAAAGUAUCCUAUUUGUAUUGAGCUUGCUAGACAAGAUGACUUUAUGUCAAAGGCCCAGCCUGAUAAAGAUGUUUCAGAAGAAAAGACUGUAUGUGAGAAAGAUUCAGGAAACGAAGAUCAUAGGAGGUCGGUCUAUCCUUCAGAUGGAACAAAAUCUGCAGGACAGAAGGAUCAAAUACUCUUUCUCUUUGGAAGGACUGGUCGAGAAAAAGAAGAGUGGUUUAGGAGAUUUCUCUUGGCAUCCAAGUUGAAGUCUGAAAUCAAGAAACCAUUCAGUGUCCCUAGCAACCCACCAGGGUUCUUGCCUACACAUAGCAGGCACAACAGCCAGUCCAGCAACUUAACCCACAGUCGCAGCAGCAGCAAAGGCAGCGUGGAAGAAUUUGUGUCUCAGCCUAAGCAGAAGGAUCUAGCAGGCAGCGUGCGACAAAAAGUGCUCAUGCACUAUGAGGUGUAUAUGGCCAGAUGUGUCCCAAGAGAAAUCCCAAGUCCCCAGAGGAGCCCAGUCCAGAGUGCAGAAAGCAGCCCUACAGCUGUGAAAAAGCUGACACCAGAGACCCAGCCCCAUGAAGAAGAAGAACAGGAAGCCUGGGUCAAUGCUUUGCUUGGAAGAAUAUUUUGGGACUUUCUAGGAGAGAAAUAUUGGUCUCACUUUGUGUCAAAGAAAAUCCAAAUGAAACUCAGUAAAAUAAAGCUCCCAUACUUUAUGAAUGAGCUAACGCUGACGGAACUUGACAUGGGGGUAGCUGUGCCAAAAAUCCUUCAGGCCUUCAAACCAUACGUUGACCACCAAGGACUCUGGAUUGAUUUGGAAAUGUCCUACAAUGGGCCCUUUCUGAUGACGCUUGAGACCAAAAUGAAUUUGACCAAACUGGGUAAAGAGCCUCUUGUUGAAGCCUUCAGAGUUGGAGAAAUUGGCAGAGAAGGUUUCAGGCCCAGGGCAUAUUGUCUUGCUGACAGUGAUGAGGAGUCCUCCAGUGCCGGCUCCUCCGAUGAAGAAGAUGCUUCAGAACUGGUUGGUGGAGACAAGCAGCUGGCUCCAGGAACUGAAGGGUAUGUUGGCGGAUACCGGACAAGUAAGAUUAUGAGGUUCGUGGACAAAAUCACCAAGUCAAAAUAUUUCCAAAAAGCAACUGAGACCGAGUUUAUUAAAAAGAAGAUUGAGGAAGUCUCAAAUACACCACUGCUUCUGACUGUCGAAAUCCAAGAAUGUAAAGGAACCUUAGCAGUUAACAUUCCGCCUCCUCCAACUGACCGGAUAUGGUAUGGCUUCCGAAAGCCACCACACGUGGAGCUGAAAGCUCGGCCAAAACUUGGUGAGAGAGAAGUGACUAUAGUUCAUGUGACUGAUUGGAUAGAAAAGAAACUGGAACAAGAAUUUCAGAAAAUUUUUGUCAUGCCAAACAUGGAUGAUGUUUAUAUCCCAAUAAUGCACUCAGCCAUGGAUCCCCGGUCAGCUUCCUGUCUGCUCCCAGAUCCACCCGCGGAAGCUGCUGAUCAACUGUGACGUGUCAAGACCUGCGGUUUACAGUAUUAAGAGAUUGAUUAAUCAUCAAGGUUUUUGGUUCUUUGAGCUGUGUUGUAGUUGUGCCCUUCACUUGUGCCAGAGAUUCCCCCAAAGGCCUGCUUCUGCCAUGCCUCCCCCUGCCUGUUCCCAUUCCACUGUGAGGCUUCUCUCCCGGGGCGGGCUGUGAAGCUUCGCCUUGGGCGCAGUCAGGAAGCCCCGUCCCAGCCCAUGCAGGAGAUCUAAGCACUCAAAAGAUAAGAGUUGGAGAUGUUGCCUCUGUGGACCACAACAAAUGCCUUGGCAACACAGGGACAAGCAGAGUUGAAGCGGAGGGAAGGGAAGACCCCCAUCUCUCCUCGGCUCCCCCGGCGCUGGUCCUCAGGCAGCCUCGGUACAAAGGAACUGCUUCCUGCAGCCUCGUGUGGAGCAGCCCCAACCCCUACCCCCCCGCUUCCCCUCGCAGUAAUUCUGAUGCUGAGGGGCGCAGGGUGCUCUGAGAGUGAUUUCUUUGGCAGCGAGGAGUUAGGCCUAGCAACCUUUUUCACAUUAAAUUGCGCAUUUUUGGAAGCAAGUAGCCAUAAAACAUAUACACACACUAACACACUCUCAGCCAGGGUGGGGAUGUUGGGCUUCUGUGAUACAGGCAAAGCCAUGAGAUCAAACCAUACCAAGCCUUUUUUACCAGUGAGGUACAAUCACAGUGCUUUGUAACUUCUCUGAAUGUUUUUUUGAAACAUGAGCACACAUGAAAAUGUCUAACAUUGCACCCAGUGACCAGAAAGAUCCAAUUUUUCCACAUGUAGAAAGAAUCUCGGUACCACGGGGGGUGGGAUGACCUUUGUACUUCACAGGUUUCCCACCCAGUGUUUACUCUGUUAUGCCUGGAAGUUUUAUAUAGGAAUUAAAAUGCUUACUAAAGUUAAUCGUAAACUGGUUUUAGGAAUAGUUUUAGGAACAGUUUCUUUUUCUAAAUAAUGGCCAAAAUUGAAAGAGAGCUGCUCCUGAAUUCUUAUCCCAUUGGGAGAUUUAAAACCAAAAGUUGCAUAAUAUUGGAACACUACAUAGCUGAGAAUAAGCAUUUGUGACAUCUCCUUAAUGUUGCCAAAUUUACUCUGUGUAUGUGUCAGAAUGUUAAUUUAGUUUCAGAAAGACGACCUUAUUUUUUAUGUUGUGUUCAAAGCAGCAUUCAACCCAAAUCAAAAUGGCCUUGUGUGACUUUGGAUAAUUUACCACACCUGACAUGACUGAGCUGAUAGUGGAGGGUUUGAAAAGGAAAAACAAAAAACAUGCACCUUGCCUGAAUGUGAUUUAAAGAGAGCAUUUAAUAUAUUGAAGAAAAUUAUAUUUGAACACUUAUUUUGGUUACUUUUAAUUGCAUUAUAUCUGACUAAAUUCCUAUUCCCUGACCAUUCCAGUUUGUGUCCAGUUCUGAUUUCUCAUUAUGUAGGCUUAUCUGCCUUUCAUAAAGUCCGCAUGUCUUGUUCACUGGUCUUUAUGAUUUGAUUUUUGUGCAAUAACUAAAAAUAAAAGGACUAGGUGCAUUAUUGUGUAGAGAUUACACAUGUCUGUAUCCUAUUGCACUUAAUCAGAAGUAUGUGGGGAAUUACAAUCACUUGCAUUGUCUCACAGAAUAAAUAUCU